GUAUGUAUUUUGCUUUUGCAUCAAAUGUGUAAAUGCUGUCAUGAUGAAUUGAAUAAUAACAUUUUGGUUAUUUUAGAAAAACAAAUGCUUAGUUGCUUUACUUAUCAAUAUGGCUGGGAUCAGUUGCAGGUGGGAUUUUAUUAUCUCAAUCACAUUCAAAUUUUUAUUUGACCAUCUAGUUCAUAUGGAUCUGUGACCUACUGAUACUUUUCUAGUACCUGGAGUUGUAAUGUUAAAUCUUGCUUGUGCUUAGCUUUUCUUCAUAUUUUGUAAGAUUUCUCUAUACUUUAUUGCUUUACUAUAUCAUUGAAAGACCUAUAAGAUUGAAGAAAGGCAUACUGAAACAGAAAAAAUAGAUCAAUGCAAAUUUUGAGCUUGUUGUCUUUGUUGUUUAAUUCAUCUAAAAAACAUAUCUUUAAGGGAAUUGCUGUAUCUUGACCUCAUUUCUUGUAUUAAUAUACUAAAACCAACUAGAGCAAUGGCGGUGUUUUCUUCAAUCAUGCCCCUCUAUGAAUUCCUAUUUCUUAUGUGUACCAUGGUUAGUGGUUACUCUAUGGGUCAACUGCCAAUGAUGUAUGUAUGCCGUUUAUUAUUGGUGUCAUUCGCUAGUGUAUUAUGACUAUUAUUGUUUUAUUCUAAUAUUCGGACUUUUGUUACAUUAUAAUAGUUGAGUGAUAACAGUUUCUUUAAAAGGAUUGACACGAUAAAUGAGUGUAUUUAUUAUUUUCAGAGAUUUAUCCCGUGAAAAUAUAGAGAAAUUUUAGUAUUGUUAUUAUUAUAAUAAUGAUUAGUUUAUCUUUUAUUUUUCUUUGGUAUGAUGGUGAUAAGAGUUGGAACUUAAAUAGAUAAACAUGGUUAGGGAUGAUUCAGUUGAUGUUUGGGAUUGAAGUGUAGUUAUUAUUUGUUUGUGUAUAUGUACUAGGUGGGACAAAUUUUUUGAUCAUUCCUUUCGGAACCUUUUACUAUCUACCUGUCUAAACAGACUUUAUUCUGUGACGAGUAAAUUUUAAAAAAAUUAGACUAUCAUUUUUGUCACUUCAGUUUUAUUGGAUGUACUGGAAGGGCAAGAAAAUUACAAAAUUUCUGAAACUAAAUCCAUAAAUUAAGGAGAGACGCUUCUGGAAGGAUAAAAUUGUGUCAAAUAAAAUCACUCUUUUGCACAACUCAAUAAGCUUAACGUACAAAUACAUAAAUUUUUUUUACCAUUGACUCAUCAACAAAAAUUCCUUUCCCACUGCCAAAAGCAUUUUUUGCACCUUUUUUGAAACAAGAAGUUCUUUGUAUAUAUAUAACUUCUUCAUUGAAAGCUAUCCCACCACCCUACGCCACCCCUCAUCUUCUUAAAAUUAUUAUCAAAAACUCCAUUACCCCAUUCUACCUAUCUUUAUCUCUCAUCAUUCAUAUCUGAUUUUGAUCUUUAUAAUUUGAGUUUAUCUCACAACAAUUUCUAUCAUAUAUUUUUAUUUCAUUUCCAGAAUUAUUUUUAUCCCACGCCUUUAUAUCAAUUCUCCUGAACAUACAUUGAUCUUAUUUGAUCAUUGGUAUAUUAUUUUCAUUAAGAAAUAUCCCCUGAUUUUGUUAAGUGAAACAACAUAGAGAAUAUUUGACUUUAUGAUGGAUCAUCAUUAUCAUCAUCACAAGGACAAUGAAUUUGAAUACCAAGAAAUCCAAAAGGCAAAGUCAUCAUCAAAAUUCAAUAGAUCAAAGACUAUACACAGCCCCAGAAAUCCAAUUGAAUUCCCUGAAAAGCCCUUAUAUCUCUACCCUUCUCCUCAUUCGAUCGAACGUAAUGGCUCCGUUAAAAAGCUCCAUUGCUCACCUUUAGGGUCCAUGGUUGGAACUUCUUUCAAAGGAAAAGUGAAAAAAUUAUGUUCAAUAUUCGAUUCACGUAAGGAAAAUCAUCGAUCCUCAAUUCCAAAACCUCAAACCAAGCAUACAAAGCCAUUGAUUUUGAGUUCUCCAUUAUUGCCUGGUACGGAGGAUCGUGUGGUAAUUUACUUCACGAGUAUACGAGGAAUUCGAAGGACAUUCGAAGAUUGUUAUACGGUGAAAAUGAUAUUAGGAAGUUAUCGGGUAAAAGUCGAUGAAAGAGACGUUUCAAUGCACAACGCGUAUAGGAAGGAAUUACAAAGUGUUGUGGGGGAGAAAAAUAAUGUGAAUUUACCACAGGUUUUUAUCAAAGGGAAAUACAUUGGAGGUGCUGAAUUGAUAAAGCAAUUGAAUGAAAUUGGUGAAUUGCCAAAGUUAUUGAGAGGCCUUCCUUUAAGGCCAAUUGGAUAUAUUUGUGAAGGUUGUGGGGAUGUACGGUUCUUGCCUUGCUCGAAUUGUGAUGGCAGCAGGAAAUUUUUUGAUGAAGAUGAAGAACAAGUUAAGAGGUGUCAAGUCUGUAAUGAGAAUGGACUGGUUCGAUGCACUCUUUGUUGUUCUUGAUCUGCAUAAAUUUGUGAGUUGUAUUGAUUGCAUUUUCGUGUUAGCCUGUCGCCUUAUAGUUUUUAGUUGGUGAGGCAAAGGCAAAUUCAGAAUUUUAAAUGAGUGUGAGGUGAACUCUUUUGUAUCAACAGGUGGCAUUUUAUAUAAAUUAUCUACUAUAUAUAUAUUUUGAGAUUGUAUAGUUGUAUAGAUAGUGCUGGGGUGCAAUGCAGUGGGUGCUUAUUCGCCUGUUGUUCGUAGUUUCCUGAUCUUGAUCUUUGAAGUUUGAACUAAAAUAAAAGGGUAAAAAUAGCUUCUAUGUGUAAGGUGACAAAUAUUGGUGUAUUCUUUUUUUUUU